AUGGCAAAAGAGGAGAUAGAAAGGAUUGAGUAUCCAAAUACUGAUAUAUGGUCAACCUUAUUCGACAGGAAAAAUAAAGGAUUCCCCGACGACACAGUAAUCUAUACCACCCCCUCCUCCUCGCAUUCCUACACCUACCAGCAAACCCGGCAAACCACAAUCGCUUUCGCAACCGGUCUCCGUCACCAUUUCUCCUUCCAAAAAGGACAGGUCCUCGCCCUCUUCGCGCCGAAUUGCAUCGACACCCCCGCCAUAACCUGGGGCACUCAUUUCGCAGGCGGCAUCGUUUCUCCCGCCAACCCAGCCUACACCGUCCGCGAACUCGCCCACCACCUCAAAGACAGCGGCUCCAGCAUCCUGAUCACGCAAGCGCAGCUGCUCAAAGUCGCGCUCCAAGCCGCUCAAGAAGCAGGCAUCCCAAAAACGCAUGUUUUGCUGAUCGGGGAAGGAGGUGCGGUCGAUGGGGUACGGCACUUCUCGGAGAUUCUGAAGGAGGGAGGGAGCGAGGGGGAUAGGGUGAAGGUGGAUCCGAAAACGGAUCUGGCGUUUUUGGUGUAUAGUUCGGGGACGACGGGGCUGCCGAAGGGGGUUAUGCUCAGUCAUGAGAAUAUUGUGGCGGAUUUGUUUAUGGGUGCUUCGGUUGAGGGGGGGUUGACGAGGACGGGGAGGGAUAGGGUGUUGAGUGUGCUGCCGUAUUAUCAUAUCUAUGGACUGCAGUGCUUGGUGCAUUUUCCGAUGUUGUUGGGGUUGACGACGGUGGUAAUGCCGAGUUUUAAUUUGCCGGAUUUUUGUCGGAUUAUUCAGGAGCAUAGGAUUACUUAUACGUAUUUGGCGCCGCCGGUGAUAUUACACCUCGCCAAAUCCCCCAUAGUCUCCGACUACGACCUCACCUCCCUCAAAACAAUAACCUCCGGUGCCGCCCCCCUAACCAAAGAACUCAUCUUCGGCGUCCACAAGCGUCUCGGCAUCCACGUCAAACAAGCCUACGGCCUCAGCGAAACAAGUCCCGUAACCCACAUCCAGAAACACUGGGACGUCGCCCUCGGCUCCGUCGGUCCUGCCCUCCCCAACCAAACCGUCCUCUUCAUGAGUCCCGACGCCAAAGAGGUCCCGCACGGCACCGAAGGCGAAAUCUGGAUCCGUGGCCCGAAUGUGUUUAAAGGGUAUUUGAACAAUGAGAAUGCGACGAAAGAGUGUUUAACCGAGGAUGGGUUCUUUAAAACGGGUGAUAUCGGGUAUAGAGAUGAGGAUGGGAAUAUGUAUGUCACGGACCGUGUGAAGGAGUUGAUUAAGUACAAGGGCUUUCAGGUUGCACCCGCGGAGUUGGAGGGGUUGUUGAUGGGAAUGGAGGAUGUGCAGGAUGUUGCUGUGGUCGGGGUGCAUGAUAAGGAACGCGAGACGGAGAUUCCGGUCGCGUGUAUUGUGCCGGCGAAGGGGGUGGUGAGGGGGAGGGAGGCGGAGGAGAGGAUUGUGAAGUGGGUUGCGGAGAGAGUCGCGGGACAUAAACAGUUGAGGGGGGGCGUGAGGUGGGUGGAUGAGGUGCCGAAGAGUGCUAGUGGGAAGAUUUUGAGGAGGGAGUUGAGGACGUGGUUGAAGGAGGAGAAGGAGAAGGGGAGGGUUAAGGCGAGGUUGUAG